GAGUCUCUUGACAAAUCGACAUUGACAGAUAAUAUGCAAUAAGCGCAUCUUCCAUUUUCUCAGUAUUUGUAUUUACUAUACAAAUAAGAACUGAACUGAACUAUUAUACAAACUUAAAAAGCUUAGCUUAGCUUUAAUAGAAAUAUUUCAUUUAUGUACGAUACAAUGCUAUAAUUAACUGAAAAGUAAUCUCAAUACAAAAUAUUUUCGAUUUAACUGUGGAACAAAAUGAAUGCUUAACUCAAACCUAUAAAAAAUGUGUUGACUUCUUAUAAAACAAUUUGAUUAUUUUCACAUAUAUUUAAUUGGCUUAAAUCAUAAUGGAAGGCAAGAAAAUUUCAUUUGGAUUUAUGAAAACUAAAAAAGAAAAUAAACCCCUAGUUGCAGAGAAUAAGGAAUACAUUGAUUGUGUCGAAGAGAAAUCUAUCAAAGUUAUCGGAGGAGAAAAAAUAGAAGAUGAAACACCAUUAGUUAUACCUAUGAAACCAAACACAUUAAUUACAGCAGAAAGGUUAAAGGAAAUAGCUGAAAAAGUUGAAAAUUUUGAUGAAAAAGAGAUGAAAGAUGACAAAUCAGAAAAUAAAGAUGUUCCGAACAAUGAGACUUUGGAUCAAAUGGCUGUACGAGAACUAUUGGAGGAUGCUAAGAAAGAUAAAGUUGUGGAAACACCUACAUUGGUUGUGCCAAUUAAUGCAAAACCAGUAAUUGAAGGCCAAAAAGAGUCAACUCUUGAUGACUAUGAUUCCGUGCCUGUUCAGGAAUUUGGAUUGGCAAUGCUUCGAGGUAUGGGUUGGACUCCGAGUAAUGACCAGUCCAAAUAUAAACAGCCGCAGUUACGACCAAAAGGCCUCGGUUUAGGUGCUGAUAAAAUGAUUAAAGAAAAUCAGAAGAACAAAUCAUCAAAAGACAAAGAUAAAGAUGAAAAUUUAUCUAUAGUUAAAAAUUCAUUUGUGAGGAUUACGUCCGGCAAGCACAGUGGUUACUAUGGCAAGGUUGUAAGUUUAGAUGAAGACAAUGGCCGUGUAAUGGUGGACAUAACGGUUAAAAAAGAAACGGUCAGCCUGAGUGAAUUCAUGAUGCAACCGGUUACAAAAUCUGAGUAUGAUAAACAAUCAAAAGUCAUAAAUACUGAAUCAUACGAAGAGUACAAAAAGAAAGAAACACUUAAAUCAACUAAACGAGAUAACACCACAAAAGGAGAGGAUAUCAAGAAAGAUGCUUCGUCAAGUAAAAAUUCAAAUGAUCCAAGAGUUAGAGACUCACAUAAAAUAGAAGACAGAAGAGAGAGACAAGAGGAAGAAAGACCAAGAAGAAAUGAAGAUAAAUAUUCAAAUGGAAAGAAUGGGAAUGCAAGUAGAGAGAUAAAUAGGAAGGACUCUUCCAGUAGUGAAGAAGAAAGAAGUCGUCAUAGAAAGAAAUAUAAGAAGAAAUAUAGUAGCAAUGAGUCACUGACAUCUGAAUCAGAAGAAGAAAGGACUCGGCAUAGAAAAAAAAAUAUAAAGAAAUAUAGUAGUCAUGAGUCUCUGACAUCUGAAUCAGAUAGUAGACAAAAGUCGGUUAGUAGAAGACGUUAUAGCAGUAGUGAUUCAUCAGAAUCAAACUAUCGUAGAGAAAAAAGUAAAAAGAACAAGACUUCAAAAGAGAAGAAAAGAGACAUAGACAAGAAAAGAAAAGGUAAGAAGAAGAAAAGAGAUAGGGAUCGUUCACCAAAUUGUAAAAAAUAUAGGAAAUAAAUUACGUCUAUUUUUUAA